UAUGCGGUGGAAUAACCAUUCACGAUUACACAACUGCACUGCUAUCAGAACGCAGGACACUCUGAUACUGCAGAACACGUGGGACCUAAUGAGAGCCAAUGAUAACUUGUUUAAAUCGCCAGUCUUCCCCGUGCUUUUCUCGUUCACAGUCUAUAUGGGAUUUUGCUUACCGUUUGUGCUGUUGGAUGUCCUCUCACCUAAACUGACUUUUUUAAGAAAGUACAAGAUACAGCAGCAGAACUACCCUACUUGGGCAAUGAUACGGGUCUGCAUAAUACAGACUGUCUACAACCACAUUGUAUUUAUUUUUCCUUUGACCGUCGCUCACUGGUACUGGAGACCUGUGAGCUACCCGGCGCAAGCCCCGGGGCUCGUGAAAGCACUAUUUGAUAUUUUAGCAUGUCUGUUGCUGUUUGAUUUCCAGAAUUACGUCUGGCAUUUGAUGCACCACAGAAUUCCUUGGCUGUACAAAAACUUCCACAAGGUUCAUCACAAGUAUUCAGCCACGUUUGCACUUGCCACUGAGCACUCCGGUGUCUGGGAGACGCUUUCCUUAGGAUUCUUCGCUGCCAGCAACCCCUUACUGUUGAACUGCCAUCCUCUAACAGAAAUGCUGUUCUUUGUUGUGAAUAUUUGGCUGUCUGUAGAAGAUCAUUCUGGUUAUGAUUUUCCGUGGUCUACCCAUAGACUCGUACCGUUUGGACUCUAUGGUGGAGCGCCACACCACGACGGUCAUCAUAUGAAGUUCAAAUUCAAUUACGCACCUUAUUUUACCCACUGGGACAGGCUCUUUGGCACUUUGUUGAAAACCCCAAUUAAAGAGAACUAAAUGAUUCAAAAUGUAUAACAUAUAAGAACGAAUACUAAAAAGUUCUUGCUGGCCAUUAACAUUAUAUAAGUUAUAUAUGCGGGUGUCUGUGUGUGGGGACAGGUAUUACUAUCAGUGUGCGGACAACAUUUGAGAAAGUGGCCGCACGAAGAUAUUAACUCCUGGAAAAACGACGUUGUGGGGACGUUUUUAAGAACUAAAAAUGCCUUUAAAAAAAAGUGGCGAAAUAUUUAGUUUGUUGUCGGAUUUCACCCUGUGUGGAGUUUUUUCUGACUGGAAUAGUAAAUAAAAAUAUUUUGAGUCAAUGAGCAGUCCCCACAAAUACAAGAAUGUAAACGCGUGUGUGUGUGUCUGCACGUGAAAAGUAUUGAUUUUUCAAAUGUUUAAAACAUUCCUUUUAUAUUUAA